AUGACGUCAGCAGCAUCCUGUUCUCGCUGCAUCCCGUACGCCGCCUCGCUGUUGCUAUGGCAACCUCUUCCCCGACGGCAGAGUGGCCAUGUUGGUGCCUGUCUUCCAGCCUUCCUCACAGCCCCGAAAGCCCACUCCGUCCUGAAGCGCUUUCCACGGGCCAAUGGCUUUCUGGAAGAAUUUCGCCAGGGCACCAUUGAGCGCGAGUGCGUGGAGGAGGUCUGUAGCUAUGAGGAAGUCAAGGAGGUCUUUGAGAACAAGGAGAAGACGAUGGAGUUCUGGAAAGGUUAUGCCUACUCUGUCAAAGAUGCCUCCAACGGGACAGACCGCUCCGAUGCCAUGUACGUCAUGGUGCCCCUGCUAGGUGUGGCAUUGCUCAUUGUUAUUGGUCUCUUCAUCAUCUGGCGCUGCCAGCUGCAAAAAGUCACGCACCACCGGCCCUCCUACCCCCAAAAUAGGGGCCUGGCCAGCCGAGCAGCUCGCAGCUUGCCCAGGGUGAGGGUGCACCGUGAGGCUCCUCCCAGCCAGAGCGAAGCCCACUACCAGCGGGACCCAAGCAGCCGAGGGGCUGUCGAUGGUGAGUGGGGGCAGGGGUUGCCCAGUCAGCUGGCCAGGACGCUUGUUGAGCCUGACCACGUGGCUCCCCCCCUGUCUAGACUGUGUAGUGCCACUCCUCCCCCCUCCUACGAAGAAGUGACGGGGCAGCCUGACUGUAGUGGCAGCAGCAGCAGCGCAGAGGAGCCCAACGUGUCCUACAGCGACCCACCCCCCAAAUAUGAGGAGAUUAUGAAUCCACUUCAUGCUCUUGGGAAGUAG